UAGAUUAGUGAGUGGAAAAGACAAAGCGGCAUUCUCUUCUUUUUCCGCCUUUUCUUUUCUUUUUUGCUUCUUUGAUUUUGGACUGUCCACUAAUGAGUGCGGGAAUUCACUGAGUAACUUGUACGUUUAUGGACUUUCGUGUAUGGUGAAGUUCUUUGGUUGUUCAUGUGUGCUGGCUCUUCCGUGGCAGUUUACUUGGAAAUUGAUUAAAUGAUAAGGAAUGUGAAAGCCAUUGACAGUUCUAGUCGUUAAUUGAUAAUCACAGGACGGCUUUUUUCGUUUAUUUCCUCAUAAUCUUGAGUUGGGGACAAGCUAUGGUGGUAUUUUUACUUCUUGGUGCCACAGGACCACCGAUUAAAAGAAGAAAGGGUUUAAGAAUCAAGCAAGCUGGUCGAGGUUCAUAUAGGGGAAGCUAGUUGCAGCUUUCCAGUUUCUGCCGUAAUAUUUUGCCUGCGAAGGUCCAUCGAUGGAAGCCACUUCUAUGACGAAGUUGCUGAAGAGCUUUUGUGAUCACUCACAUUGGAAUUAUGCUGUAUUUUGGAGGCUUAACUACCAUUUUCCAAUGACUUUGACCUGGGAAGAUGGAUACUAUGGUGAUUUGAAAACCAACGACGCUGUGGAAAGUGCGUGGACGGAGGUGGCUUCUUCAAGCUGUGAAAGUACCCAUGGUUCUGAAGAGAAUUCUGUUAGAUUACUCAUGACUGAUAUGUCUCGCCUGAAGUACAUAUUGGGAGAGGGGGUUAUUGGCAAAGUAGCUCUUACGGGGGAUCAUUGUUGGAUUUUAGUUGAAGAUAUUUUAACUGGUAAAUUCCAGACUAAGUUGGUUGAUGAGUGUCCAUAUGAAUGGCUUCUUCAAUUUGCAUCAGCUAUCAAGACUAUUGUACUGGUACCGGUUCCUCCACAUGGAGUUUUGCAAUUCGGCUCAUUCGAAGCGGUUGCUGAGGACCUGGCAUUUGCUGCCAAUGUGAAGGAGAAAUUCAAUUUCUUUCACUGUGUAACGGCAAAUACUCCGCCUUUGAGCUCAGAUGAAAAUAUUCAGGAUUGGUCAUUCUCAGCUCUGAUAGAUUAUCCUCUGGAUAAUUCAGAUGUAUCAUCUGUUACAAAUAAUAUCCUGACACAUGAACUUUUUGGUGGCAAUUCACUUAAUAUAAAUGAUUUGAGGUUGAAUCCAACUGCCCCAUCAUUUAUUCCGGCUGAAGGUUCCAUGUCCAGAAAAAAUGAGACCAGUCCUCCAUCAACUGCGGUGUCAAAUGACAAUGGUCAUGUGGAAGUCAAAUCAAACCAAAUGGAAGAAGUGAUAACCAGUUCUCCGUGGGUCAAUAAUAUGGGAGCAUUUGGAGAGACAUCUGAGGGAUUAUUUUCUUGUUCUCGUAAGGAUAUGGCCAAACAAUUUGAAGGCACUGGCACUGACCAUGACGAUUGUAAUAAGGUCAAUAGUUUCUGCGGUUUUCCGUUGGAUUCUGAAUUACACAAAGCACUAGGACCUAUUGCUAAUAGACAAACUUGUGAACCUCAGUCCGAAUAUUCCUCUUUUAAAGAUAUGUGUCGUACUAGCUCCACGUUGAUAGCUCGGGAAAAAGAGCAUGGUCAUGUGGGUUUUCAAUUUUCCGACAGACACAAAUCAGAAUAUCUUUUGGAUGCAGUUGUCCGCAAUUUAUGCAGUGCCUCUGAUGAUUCUUCAUCGACGUUGCCAAUAGUAUUAACUACUUCCAUUCAUCCACAAAGUCAUUCUGAGGGCAGCACUUUGAUGGUAAAUAAUGCUGAUUCAAGUAGCCACCUUACGUCGGCAUUUGGGGGCAACAUAGAUGAUUGUACUGAUCUUCUUACAUUGGCAUCUUUGGAUGACAAUUCAAGCAUAUUGCUUGAUGGGGCAAAGCAAGAAUCUGUUCAUGUUCAUAAGCAGCCUAAGAGUGGGCCAAAACUUUCUAGUAUGGGCAAGAAAAGAGGCCGUGCAGGAAAUAUGCCAAGGCCAAGACCAAGGGACAGGCAGUUGAUUAUGGACCGGAUGAAGGAGCUGAGGGAACUUGUCCCAGAUGGUGCCAAGUGUAGCAUUGACAACCUCUUAGAUCGGACCAUAAAGCACAUGCUGUACUUGAAAGAAAUAACAAACCUGGCUGAGAAAUUGAAACAAUUUGAGCAUAAGGAGGUGCCAGAGUUCAAGAAGCAGAAAAUCAAUGGCAAUUAUACUGGGAGGAGCUGUGCAAUUGACUUUGGCAGUGAACUCCAAGUAUGCCCUAUAGUUAUAGAAGAUCUUGAAUGCCCAGGCCACAUGCUUAUAGAGGUGAUAUGUAGUGAGCAUGGACUUUUCUUGGAGAUUGCGCAAGUGAUUCGACAGUUGGAGCUUACUAUAUUGAAAGGUGUUUUAGAAAGCAGUGCAAGCAAUGCCUGGGCCCGUUUCAUUGUUAAGGUUCCCAGAGGCUUUCACAGGAUGGAUGUUCUAUGUCCUUUGCUGCAUCUUUUGCAGACUGGAAGAAGCCUUGUCUCAAGUAGAAUUUGAUUUGUUCAUCUACACACAACUGAGAACAGUCUCAAGUUUGAGAUGGCAGAGAUCUUGUAGCAUAUUGUAUAUAUAUCAACUGCUUAGUCAAGUGGGUAUGAUUGCGCUACUCUAAUUGUUGCAUAAUUCUACCCAAGCACAAUGGAA